GUGGUGUCGUAAUCACAGCGAUCCAUGGGCUAUCAAACAACAUACCACAACUAUUAAUGAUUUAUGUGGUAAAGUAUUUGUUCCCUCUGGUAUCGGCCGAACGCUUAGAUCUAUCACAUAUUACAGUCGAUGGAAAGCUAAUGAAUGUCGUCUAUUUUUACUUUGUUACUAUCCCACAUUAAUCAGUUUUUUAUCAGAAACUUACUAUCAACAUCUUCUGUUAUUUGUUCAUUCUAUUUUUUUGUUGUGUAAGCAUAGGCUAACCGAUGACGAUGUACGGGAAGCUCAUUAUUUAUUAAUCCAGUUUGUUAAAAACUAUGAAUUGUUAUAUGGUUUUGAAGAAAUGGCAUCGGUCAUGCACGAUUUAUUACAUAUAGCCUGCACUGUUUACUUAUAUGGUCCACUUCACGGCUAUAGCGCCUUCGGAUUUGAAGAUCUUAAUGGUGCAUUUGUCGAAGCAGUACAUGGAAUGAAACUACCAUCAACACAAAUUUUAAAUUCAUUUAUAUGGUGGCAAAAAUGGAUGUGGGUGCAUGAAAAUGAAAAAUCAACAAAAUCAACGAUAUGUGAAUUUAUCAAUAAAACACUGAAUAAAUCUGAUAAUAACAGUGCAACAGAACUUAAUGGUGUUCGUUAUGGCUUACAUCGUUUGAAAAAUAAACAAAUUCAAGCUUAUUUACUAGAAUAUCCACGUAUUUCUGUUAUUGCAAUUAUGAGUAUGUACAUCGCUCUGUUCUCAGUGUUGGGCAUUUUGAUAAUCACAUGACAGAAUGGCCGCUAGAUUUGUUUCGAGAACGUCUUAUUGUAUAUAGACUAUCCAGUUCUGAUUUAGCUGUCCUGAAAAUGCCCUGUUUUUCUGAGCAUAACUAAUCGCUUGCUUGUAAUCUUACAAAACGCUUAUAACUAUGGAACAAAAAGGAGGCCUAGAGACUCGCGGUUUUCACCAUUGGAAAAAGCAGCUCGUGGGACGUUUCUCCAUGUAGGAAGUAAAUUUUUCGAAGAGGUUUUCCCGGUAGACCUCGUCCGGUAAAACCCGUAGUAUCUCAAAAUUAGUCGACAAAAAUUUUUUUUUCAAGUAGGUCAUAGAUUAUUGACUACCCUAAUUCCGAAUAUCACCAUGCCGGCUGCCCUUAGGAUUCCGGAGAGCGGUUUUAUGGAAUACUAGUUUUUCGGAAACUCUAAAAAGUAACCAAAACCUU